AGUGCAAACCCGCACAAGUCCACUAUUCGUCCAGUCCAAUUCCUCAAAUCUGCUCUACUUUCUCUAACACCAUCGAUUUAUUUCUUAUUCGGACGCGUCGAUCCCAUUCCGCUCAACAAUCCGCAUUACUUACUUUGCUGAAUCUAGCCCUUCUCCGCGAUCUGAAAGAGUGGGGAGCCCUGGAGCGCGAAAAGAAAGAGUGAAAGGUUCCCUGGAAUAUCAUGGCGGCGAAUCAGGCGGCGGUUGUGAAGCUGGCUCUGGGGCUAAUGGGAUUGUGCUUGGCCGGUUACUUACUGGGUCCCCCUUUAUACUGGCACUUCAAGGAAGGUUUAGCUGCUGUCAGUCAUUCUUCUUCUUCGUCCACUUGCCCUCCAUGCCUCUGCGAUUGCUCCUCUCAGCCUCUUCUCACCAUCCCUCAAGAAUUGAGCAAUGCCACGUUUGCAGGAUUGUGUGAAGCACGAUCCAGAGGUGAGCGAAGACGCCGAGAAGAACUUCUCUGAGCUGCUGACGGAGGAACUAAAGCUGCGGGAGACUGAAGCAUUGGAGAGUCAGCAGCGUGCUGAUAUGGCCCUGCUGGAGGCUAAGAAGAUCUCAUCCCAGUACCAAAAGGAAGCGGACAAGUGCAAUUCAGGGAUGGAAACAUGCGAAGAAGCGAGGGAAAAAGCUGAGGCCUCAUUAGUAGCACAGAAGAAACUGACAUCGUUGUGGGAGACAAGAGCGCGCCAGAAGGGAUGGAAAGAAGGAGCUGCCACCAAGACUAAGGGAAGCAGCGUCCAAUCUGCGUAAGGAGCCAUUGCUGUCAUCGGAUACUGGUGAUGUUCACUUCUGAUUAUAAUACCACUACUCCUGGUUUUGAUAGUGAUAAUUUGUAGAUACACCUGGGUUCUUUUUAGGGAGGCCUUUUGAAGCAAGAAUUUUGAAAGGCCCUGAGAUUUGUAUUGAGCAGCUGUCUUGUUGAACACAUUCCCACUUGGAAACGUUAUAUUAGAAUUUGAUUCUGAUAAUUAUGUGCUUC